AUGGCUCCCUUUGUUGAUGCCCUGAGAACCCGGGGCCCCUUUUUGGGCACCUUUGUCACGCUGACCUCGACAUUAUCCGCUGCCAUCGUUGGUGCCUCGGGGUAUGACUGCGUGAUCAUUGACAUGGAGCAUGUUCCGACCUCUGCUUUGGAAGCCACACAUGUUGUCCACACGCUGGGUAACGCGUCCAAGGGCACCUGUCUGCCUCUCGUCCGGGUGCCGUCCCACGGGGUAGAAUGGAUCAAAUGGGGACUUGACAGCGGCGCCGCCGGCAUCGUUAUCCCCAUGGUCAACACGGUCGAAGAGGCCCGUCAAAUUGUCCAAAAGGCUCGCUAUCCGCCACUGGGCCAGCGAAGUUAUGGUCCAUCUUAUGCACCCUUUGCGGACCCGGCAUCCGAUCGAUCAGCAGGUCAAUAUUUUAACAAUACUGCCCCAGGUGUAGCAGUCUUGCCUAUGAUCGAGUCUGCAACCGGGGUUGAGAACGCCGAUGCCAUACUGGCGACGGAAGGUGUCAGUGGCGCGUUUGUUGGACCUUUCGAUCUGCGAUGUUCGCUAGGUCUCCCGGGUGGUGAUGGCAAAGAGGACCGUUUCCUUGAUGCACUGAAACGGAUCGUUGCAGCGGGAAAGAAGGUCGGUAAGCCUGUUGGUAUUUAUACAGGUUCCAAGGAACAGAUGGAGCGCAACUUGAGCUUGGGCUUUGAGUAUAUUCUUUACCAAGGUGACUCGUCCCUCCUUGCUGCUGCAGCCAAGGCUUCGGUUGAGGAAGGAAGAGCAGUCAUUAAGCAGGCAAAGUCUUCGUGA